AUGACGUGGCGGAGAAUCUGCAAGGAGAACUCUCUGGUUUGGAAAUCUAUCGACAUCCACGAUGAAGAUUAUAUCAACAUGAACUACAUGGACAAGAUCUGCCGCCGCGUCAUUGAGCAUAGCUCUGGUCAUCUCGUGCAUAUCAGUAUUGAGUGCGUCGGCACCGAUCAACUCCUGAAAUACAUGGCUGAGAGCUCAAGCGGAAUCAGACGCCUCCGAUUCGUGAAUUGCGUUAGUUUAACAUAUGAGGGAUUGAGCAAAGUGGCUUCUGAGCUUCCUGUGUUGGAGGACCUUGACAUAUCAAAAUGUGAUAAUAUCUCAUCAUGUAAAUCUCUACAGAUAGAUAUAUUGAGUUUAAGUGAAGUCAGGACGACAUCUAUCGACUUAAACAAUAGCUCCGUUGUUGUAAUCAUCAUCGUCUGA